CUAAUAUGAAUAUCUAUAAAGUAAAACAAUGAAAAAACAAAUUUUGGGAACGUUAUGAACAACACGGAAGGUGCAUGAGUAUAUAAAAACAGAAUCGUUCAUGUUCUACAGUCAACAUAUUACCAUAUAAAAGUUGCGUGCAUAUCAUUAUUGAACUAUGGAAUUUCCAGCCGCGAUGCUAGAGUCAAAUUUCUCACUUGAACUUUUUGAUUUUCUUUGCAAAAUUGUUGGCUCUGAAAAAGACGUCCGAGCACGAAGGAUAUUCUUUAAAGUGCUAGAUCAUGCUUUACAGUACAGUCCUAAUUGGCGAGUAGUGACCAGUGGAAGUAAAUCAGAAGGCUUAGACUUACCAGGGAGUGACUUAGAUAUUAUGUAUAUCAACCAGGUGGACACAGUAUACAAUACAAAAUCUGAAAUACCAAGUGACUUGCAAUAUGGACUUUUUUUAGAUUUCGAAAAUACACCACCGGGAUAUGUUCAUAUUGAGCUACAUAUGAAAAAAAGAAAUGGGAUACAACCGAACCAUGUGUACUCUGGAAACCACAUUAUAUUAUCAAAUGAACACUACAAACAGUUAAUACAAAACAUAAAUAUGCCAAAUGCUACAAGCACAUUUUUGGAGAAUUUUUCAGAGAUACAUGGUCCUUGUUCUUCUACCAUUUGUGGAUCGUAUGAUUUCUUGUCUACUUACAAAUGUCAUUCGUGGCCAACAAUAGCUGCAGAGUGGAUAACAAGACCUCGCAAUUAUGAAUGGCCCCCAACAGAACUGAUUGAAGAUAUAAUACGAGAUAAUGUCUUACUGGCACCUAUUGGAAGUAAAUUUAACAACAAGAAGGAAAAUCCUUACGAAUGGAGAAUGUCUUUCUCAAUUGCGGAAAAAAUGCUUGUUCAUUCGUUUAAUCAUACACAAAUUGUGUGUUAUGCGUUACUAAAAUAUACAUUAAAAGAAUUACUAGUAGUUCACCAAAAAAUAAAAGAUACCAUGUGUUCAUACUUUAUGAAAACAGUAUUAUUCUGGAUGAUUGAAGAAUCUCAGAUUUCUGAAUGGCAACCUUGCAAAUUGUUUGAAUGCUUUCAAGCAUGCAUAAAAAGACUAGUAUUUUUUAUACAGUACAAUAUCCUUCCAAACUACUUUCUACCAAAGAACAAUUUGAUAAAAGGAAAAAUUGAUGUACCUAAAAAGAAGUUAUUACUAUCACUUUUGCGUAAUUUUUUCACUAGUGAAAAUAAUUCCUUAAAACAAAUACAAACUCUUUCAUAUUUGUUUGACCAUAUUAAAACACCUUUAACUUCUGAAUUGUUCAGAAAAAACUAUUCUAACAUAGACUCAAUCAUCUAUCCGCUUUUACAUUAUAUGCAUGGGAUAGGAUAUGGCGGUAGUAAUGCCAUAUAUCAGCCUAUUUAUUGUAUUAUGUCUCAUAGAAAAUGUAAGCUUUUAAAACACGUAUGCUUCAUUUGGUUUUCAAAACUGUGCGGAUCUUUGGCGAAGCAUUAUCCAUUUAUGAUAUCACAUGAUGGAUAUACAAAUUUACAAAAUCGAAAAUGUAAUAAAACAUUCUAUCCAGACUACAAGAAAUGCAUUUGGUAUACCAUACUAGGUACGUUUUCUGAUUCAUAUACCGGUUGGCUUCUACUGGCCGAAUUCUUUUUUCAACGCAAACAACUAGGGAAAACUUUAGAGAUAAUUCAACUAUGUCAAUUUAAAAGUUCGACCGAUCAUCAGAUGAUAACUCCUGGUUUGAAGCCUCACCCCAGUAGUAAAAUGUUAGAAAAUAUUGGAUUACAUUUUGUGCAGCGAUAUAAGCAUUCGUGUUCUGAUUUAUUUUACCUUACUCCAAAAGCAAAGCCACAUAUAAUGUUUUAUCAAGAAGAAUUUCAAACUGCAAAUUUGGAGAAGGACAUGCUUAUUGUUCAUCCGCAGAUACGAAUGUAUUAUUUACUGUUUCUAUGCCAUCAUUAUCUAGGAAACAAUAUUGAAAAAUGGAAGGCUCUUCGUUUACUAAAAGACUUUAAUCUACAAAGUACAACUUCGGCGGAAUACCUGAAUUCGAUCAUCCAUUUAGGUCUAGCACUUCGAGAAGCUGAGACAAUACCUGAUUUUAUAUUAACGGAUUUUUAUCUUUUCUACUGCAGACUUCCUCUUAUAUACAAAGAUUUGUUUGUCAAACAUUUUAAUCCUGGUAAACGUAUUGCAAAAAAUAUUGCCAUUGAGAUUCUGCAGCCUUUGGUUGAGCGUGAUUCGGUGCCGCCUGUUUUGAAAAAAGGUUUAAGCUUAGUAUCUGAUUUCUUAGAUAUUGAAUUAAAAUAACGUUUACUAAUAUUUCUAACGUUACAUUUCUAAUGUCAUGUUUUCUACGAACCUUUUUAUAUCCAAGCAAAAUGUAUGUAAAAUCUUGCUCAGAA